AUGACAUCUUCAACUAAGACAAGGAAGAAUUUCAACCCAAUGCUCUUUGGGGCAGCCCUGAUCAUAGUAUUGUAUUUAGUUAUCCGUUUUAUAGUCUAUGGAAUAAAAUCUGAGGAAAACAACUUCUCUGUGAGCAACGCCACCGUGGUCAGCUUCUCCUACAACACCACCACCACCACCUUCACUUACAACCUCGCUCUCUUCGUCACCGUCCCCGAAACGUUCGAAUCCAUCAACUAUUUCAAGGCCACAGCCUCGUACUUAAAUCAUAGGUUUGCUUCGGAACCAGAUGAAACCUUGGUCCACGGUUUCACCGGACUGAGUAUGCGCUUCAAUGGUGAGUAUGUCGUGCCUUUUUCUAAGGAUCAACUUUUGACGUUAAACAAUAACCACAUGGCAGGGCUUUACAACAUCACUAUCAUAAUAUGGCCAGCGAAGACACACCCGUUCCUUGUCAAAUUAGGGUUUAUAAAGGCACUUGUUUUAUGUGACAUACAAGUUCCUCUUCAAUCUAGGGUUUUCUGUGGUUGGACCGAUCAUGAUUGA